CACACUGAGGACGGUCUACAAUACUGACAGUGCGCCUGUUUGUCUCAAGAUGCACAUUUCAGUGCUUUUCAAGGUCGUACUGUUGUUGGCGUUGGGUGUCCUGUUGCUCGGAGCAGAUCGUUCUCCUGCAGGACGCAGAGGAAAGAAGGACUGGAAAAAUGGUCCAGCUAAAAGGGGCUCCAAAGGAAAGGCCCCAGAACUGCGGAUAAGUUUUGAUUCUGCAGUAGAAAACCAACUAGAUACCUACCAAAUCUCUCCAAACCAGUCAAUAUCACCAUGGACUUAUGAGGUCUCUUACGACGAAUCCCGCAUCCCGAGCCAUAUCUUCGAGGCGAAGUGUGAAAGGACUGGCUGCAUGAAUAAAGAUGGAAGUGAAGACGCUGGUCUGGAAUCGAAACCCAUCUUCUACCAAAUCCUGGUGCUCAGAAGAGUAAAGGGCAAAAAGAAGAAAUAUUCCUUCCGUCUGGAGAAAUAUACCACCAGAGUGGGCUGCACAUGUGUUUUACCUUACAUCAUCUCUCACAUGUAGUGCUGCAGUGCCAUAUUUGACUGAAAAAAAAAGUGCCUACACCUUCAAGACCCCCUGUAUAGGCUAUACAAGGUCAUAUGUUGCUCUAUUAUCACUUGCUUUUCAACUCAGGAAACUAUCAAACAUAAAGGGCUUGACAUGAAGAACACUGUCAAGGGGCUAAACAUUUGAACUGUUUUCACAAACAUUAGUGUUGUCUCCUCAACUCUAAGCUGUUUUUUGUUCUGAGUCUCAUUAACAACAAUAAAGGACCAACAAAAAGACAAAGCACAAAUUAGUCAUUUAGUAAAGAUAUGUUUUACUGACUGUCAUGCCAAAUCAGAAAUACGAUCUUUAUGACAACCACAAAAAGAGCAAAUGGGUUUACCUCAACAAUUCACAUCAAUAUUGUCAUUUUGUCUUCGGCCUAACUGCCAUUAACAGGUUCAAUGACAACACAAGGUGGCAUGACAACACAAAGAAAAACACAUAGACGUUCCCAAACAAAUCACAGCAUUCACAACUAAUGCUAAAGCACCUUCUCUGAUUGCCACUUCAUUAAAAUAUAAGUACAGCAUCUAAGUGUUUCUUCAUUCUCUCUCUCUCUGUCUCUCUCUCUAUCUCUCUAUCUCUCUCUCUCCAUCUUGUUUUCUCAUUGUGUCCCUGCUCUGCUCUCUUGAUAUCUCUUUUCUUAGCUAUCAUUUGAGCAUGAUACAAACAAAAGUCCUUUAGCUUAUAUGUGCCUUUGAAUUGUGCUUAAACAUUUAGUAAGGAAUAUCAUUCUGAAGAGGAUAACAGUUAUGAGCUUAUCAUUUUUUUU